CCCUGCAUCGCCCAGGCUCCUCCCCCGCUCGUCUCCGGCUGCUUCUCGCGGCUUUGCGAGCUUCUUCCCAUGAUGCCCCGCGCCUGGCUGUCGCGGUUGCCCGGCAACGUGGGGUCCCUGGAGCUGGCCUCGCUGGAACCCGCUGGGCGAUGAGGCCGCGAGGUGUUCCGCCGCUUCUGGUGGUGCUCCUGGGCUGCUGGGCUUCUGUGAGCGCCCAGACCGAGGCCACCCCGGCGGUGGCGACAGAGGGCCUCAACUCCACCGAGGCAGCCCUGGCUACUUUCGGACCUUUCCCAUCGACCAGGCCCCUGGGGACCCCCAGGGCUCCAGGGCCCACCUCGGGCCCCAGGCCUACCCCGGUCACGGACGUUGCUGCUCUGUGUGUCUGUGACUUGUCCCCAGCACAGUGUGAUGUCAACUGCUGCUGUGAUCCCGAUUGCAGCUCUGUGGAUUUCAGUGUGUUUUCUGCUUGUUCAGUUCCAGUUGUUAUGGGUGACAACCAGUUUUGUAGUCAAAAAGCAGCCAUCUAUUCAUUGAAUUUUACAGCAAACCCACCUCAAAGGGUAUUUAAACUUGUUGACCAGAUUAAUCCAUCUAUUUUCUGCAUUUAUACUACAAACUAUAAACCUGCAUUGUCCUUUAUUAAUCCAGAAGUGCCUGAUGAAAACAGUUUUGACACAUUGAUGAGAACAGCUGAUGGUUUUACAUCGAAUGCUGAAUCAGAUAUUUCUUUCACAACCAAACUGGAUGUUCCUUCUACUGCUAAAUAUGAGUAUGGAGUUCCUCUGCAGACCUCAGAUUCGUUUCUGAGAUUUCCUUCGUCCCUGACGUCAUCUCUGUGCACUGAUAAUAACCCUGCAGCAUUUCUGGUGAACCAGGCUGUUAAGUGCACCAGAAAAAUAAAUUUAGAACAGUGUGAAGAAACUGAAGCCCUCAGCAUGGCUUUUUACAGCAGCCCAGAAAUUCGGAGGGUACCUGAUUCAAGAACAAAGCAUUUUGUUUUGCAGGAUUCCUGCCAGCUCCCAGGGGCUUUGGUUAUAGAAGUGAAGUGGACUAAGUAUGGAUCCCUACUGAAUCCACAGGCCAAAAUAGUCAAUGUAACUGCAAAUCUAAUUUCAUCCUCCUUUCCUGAGGCCAACUCAGGAAAUGAAAGGACGAUUCUUAUUUCCACUGCGGUUACUUUUGUGGACGUGUCUGCACCUGCUGAGGCAGGCUUCAGAGCUCCGCCAGCCAUCAACGCCAGGCUGCCCUUUAACUUCUUCUUCCCGUUUGUUUGAUCCUGGGAGUGCAGGAGACGUACCGUUGAUGAUCCGGGCCACCCGCCACAGCCGGAGCAGAAUCAGCAGGCCAAGAGCCUCAAAGUCAUGCUCCCGGAACAGGAGGACAAUGUCGAGGACGAAUGAGACCACCACCACGACAGCAUCCAGGAUCUCAAACUUAUGGUGAAAGAACUCCAGGCGGAAGACAUAUAAUUUAAAGAUAAUCUCCAUCAUAAAAAAGCCCAAGAUGGCGAUGCUCAUGUAGUGGAACACCUGAAGGGGACAAGGAACCACAGUCAGGGGAGAUUGGGCCUCUGGGAGGUCAAGCUGCCCUUGCAUGUCCCUGCUUGGUCACCAGCAAGAGAAUUCAUCUGUUGGACAAAUCCAGAUGCCACCAGACGCUGUUCUUGAUGCUGGAAACAAAGCUGUGAACAAAGCAGAUGAAGCCUCUGCUCUCUGAAGGGCAGUUAGGCAAUGUUGGAAUUAAAACAUCCUCCAGACCCUUUGGACCAAAAUUGCAUAACUAAGAACUUAUCCUAUAGCUGAGCUCCCAUAUACACAGGGACUAAGGAUAUUUAUUGCAGCCUUGUUUGCAGAACAAACAUUUUCUUUAUUGUUUGUAAGACAACAGAAAUGUCCAAUAAAAGGCACUCUUGAAAUAAA